AUGGCUUCACCAGACCGAGAACAAGCGAUCUCUUUCGCCGAGCAGUCCUCACGUCACCUCAGCCCACCUCCACCUGGUCUACGGCAUCGGCCUCUAGGACGCUCAUCUACAUUUGCAGAACCAAGUCUGACCCGACGACGAAGUUCGAUAUUCUCGGAGACACUCUCGGACACCAAGAGAUCUCUCAAGACAUCUGCAGAUGAGCUGCUCAUGCCCGGCCCGACUCACCCAACGAAUCACGAUAAUGACGAUGACUCUCACUGGCAGUCCUCGGCCAUUGCUCUGGCUUUACUGCCCGCUUUAGGUGGAAUGUUCUUCAAGGGAGGUGAUGCGGUACUUGGCGACAUCUCACUGAUAAUCCUGGCAGCAGUCUUCCUGAACUGGUCUGUCAGGAUACCCUGGAAGUGGUACCGUUCCGCUCAAUCAGUCACUGCCAGUGAGCCAAGGGUCACUGGACUGUCAACACCCAUCAUUGAGGAAGAAGACGAGAGCUUCAUCGAUCCCUCUGAAAGUGAGCCCUUGCAUCCGGCAGAAUCUCCCAAAUCGACUGCUGGCACAAGCCCCAGGAAGAAUGCUGAUGCACAAGACUUGGAAGCCGCCAAAGCUGAGCUGCAAGCUCACGAGCUUAUAGCGUUGUUCAGCUGCUUCAUCUGUCCAGCAUUCGCUGCCUGGCUACUGCAUGCCAUCCGAUCACAGCUGUCUCGGUCUUCGGAAGGACUUGUCUCGAACUUCAAUCUUACGCUCUUCAUGAUGGCCGCAGAAGUACGACCCCUCACACACUUGAUGAGUAUGGUACAGAAUCGUACACUAUUCUUACAACGCAAGAUCAACGUGGAGCUGCUCCAAUAUCCGUCAUCUACUCCCUCGGAAGCUCAGAACGAGCAGCUCAUCAAUCGCAUCGAAGAGCUCGAGAAGCACAUCGCCAACGGUAUCGCAACGCGCGACCAGUCUCUGCCAGAUGCUACCAUAGAUCAGUCCGCGGCAAAGGCUUCCGCUCUGGCCAUUGCCGAACUCCGCAAAUCACUACAUCCUGAACUCGAUGCCCUCAGCCGUGCUAUGCGCCGGUAUGAGAAGAAGUCUACUAUCACUGCUCUGCAAAACGAAGGACGACUGCAGGAUCUGGAGAAUAAAUAUGAAGACGUGGUGGUAUUGGCUGCGAGCGCUCAACGUAGUGUGCAGAGCCAGCCGAGGUUGUAUUAUAUGGUGGUUCUCAACUGGAUCUGUGCAGCGGUGGUUGUGCCGGUGGAGAUGGUGCAGAGUUUGUCGCAGCUACCGAGGGCGAUGUACAAGCAAUUCAUUACGUUGAUCGCGAAAGUCAUUCCUGGGCUGGGGAGGUCAAGGAAGGGCAAGGAGCCAGCUGGGAGAGGACAGAGGAAGACCGGCAAAGUAGUCGCCGAGCGGCGGGUUAGGAGCUCAGCUUCGUCGUAG